UCAACAUUCCUUAAUUUACGAUAUGAACGGCAUUAUCCAUGUUUGUCGAAAGUUGUUGAUUGGGUAGCAUUUUAUAGAUACAUAUACAUUUUAUAUUUUAGAAAACAGAUUUGCAGCUAACGUUAGCUAUGUUAGCUGGGUAGCUAGCAAACUAGCAUCCAGUGAAACUUAAAAGGUUACACUGUUUCCCUUGUUGACUUCCAAGUAGUAUUUCGGAUAUAUUUGAACUCUAAUAACGGUUUUGUUAGUUGAAUAACUGAGAGGUUUUACUUUCACGGCAGAGACAAAACUGCAGUUCUUCAUAAAUCUACAUAAUCUGACAAUCAACCAAUGGCACUUUCUGUUACCUCCCUGACGACUCAAAUGAAUCCUUCCGCUGCAUUGUCACUCGCGGGCUGGAAUAAUUAUUUUGUUGGACACUGGGCUGUUUGUGACACUGCCAGGGAGGGAUGAGGAUCCGGCUGCAAGGCUCAGGCCACGCUACGGGCCUCCUCAGUGAGCUCAACCGCUGCCGCCUCUCCCGCCUUUUCUGUGAUGUCAUCGUCCAGGUGGGGAGCCACUCCUUCGCAGCCCACCGGGCCGUCCUCGCCUGUGCCGGGACCCACUUCCGCAGCCUGUUCUCGGGCAGAGGGAACCAGGUCGCAACCUCGGGGGCCACGGCCACAUACUCCCUGGACUUUGUUUCCCCGGCUAACUUUGAGAAGGUGCUGACGUUCGUCUACACGGGAGAGAUCUUCACGGACCUGAUAGACGUAGGGGUGCUGUAUGAGCUGGCGGAGAGGCUGGGUCUGAGGGAGCUGGUGAAGGCAUGUCACGCCACCUUCCCUGACCUGCACCACGGGGGCCCGGCCUCCACAGACUGCGUGGCCGAUGGAGACCUGGACCUCGACGUGGUCGCUGCCGUUGCCGCCGGCUCCUCUGCGUGCUCGUCGUCCGCCGCGUCCUGCUCCUCCCUGUCAUCGUCUGCCGGUCCUUCGGCUGCUCCUACUCCGGUCACGGCGCCCUCACCGUUCCCGCAGGGCACUAGGGGGGCCAGGCCGGGGCGGGCCGGGGGCCACGCCGCCCCCGUGUCCCUGACUGUGUCCCUCAAAGCUGAGGACACGCAGUCUCACCUGGGCUACGGACAGAUGGCAGAGGACAAACAGCUACAGUCGGCUGUGGGCCAGAGUUCAGCGGGCGUGUCGACUGUAGCUGUCGGGGCCCCGCCUAGAUCGCCCCUGCAGUUGAAGACCGAGGAAGGGGUGGAGGUCGUGGUGGGAGUUGGGGAGCUUAACGGUCAGGAGGAGCCCAUGCUGGUUACCGGGAGUAGAGCUGGUUCUCUACCUCCGUGUGUGUCUGACGCCUGCUCCUUCCCGGACUCCUCAGCCCAGCUGGGCGUGGAGGGUUGUGGACUGGAGCCUCCUUGCGCUCCCUCGUCCUCCUCUGGAGACCCCCUGGACAGCCUUCAGAUGGACGGGGUGGAGGGCGGUGUGACGGGAGUCAUCUACGGGGGGGAGGAGGUUGAUGAAGACGACGAAGACCACGACAAAGAUGGCGAAGACGGAGCGGCCCAGUGGAGGCACCUUGCCGGAGAGAUCAUUGAGCUGAGCGACGACGAGAACUACAUGGAGGAGGAGGACGAGGAGGAGGAGGACGAAGACGAGGACUUGGUGUGUGUGGAAAACGGAGCCGGCGGAGGUGGGGCGAACCCAGGCCAGGCGCCUCCGGCACAGGGCACAGCAGCGUGUAAAGCCUGCGGGACGUUGCUGUCGGCUGACCCGGCCGCGCUGAGGGCCCACGCGGAGAGCCACGUCACGGACACAGGGGCCUGCAGGGUGUGCGAGGCGUCCUUCCCCGGGGACCGCAGGGCCUGCGUUAGCCACGCCCUGUCCCACGUGGCGUUCUCCUGCGACAUGUGCGACCUCCAGUUCGCCACCCAGGCCAAACUGGUACGCCACCGGCGCCAAGCUGCCGCCAGGUACGCCCCCCCAGGCCCCACCCACAGCGCCACCCAGUGGAUCAACGGGGAGCGGCCGUGUGCCGUCUGUAACAAAACCCUCGCCAAGGACUUCCAGGUCGUCAGGGACCACCUCCUGAGUCACGUGUGUGUCCAGUCACUAAGCUGCGGCGUGUGCCAGCUGCCCCAGCCGUCCCUGUGUGCUCUUCUUUGGCACGCCCUCACCCACCUGUCGCUGCCAGUGUACUCCUGCCCGCUCUGCGCCGGCGGCUUCCUGGACCGCCCCCUGUUGGACAGACACAUGGCGCUGCACGCAGACGACGCGGGCACGGACAGAGAGGCUACGAGGGCCCACAAGGUGGCCGGGCCGGAUGGAAAAGAGGAGCUGCGCUGCUUCCUUUGCCCGCAGAGUUUCCGUUCCGCCUCCGCCUUCCAGAACCACCUGAGCUUUCACACGGAGACCCAGGGCCCGGGCAGCCAGGGGUGGGCGGGGAAGCGGAAGGCCGACCAGAUGGAGUACCCCUCCUCCUGCUCCUCUUCCUCCCCGCUGGAGUCAGGAAGCCUGGGGAAGCUGGGCAACGUGGGCUUCGGCUUGGGGGUGGGCUCCUUCAGCCUGUCUGACAAGCUGCUCCAGGGGGCCGUGGCGGCUGGUUUUUCCACGGGCCUCUUGCCCAAUGGGAACUCUCCAAGCGUGGGCGGUUCGACCGCAGGCGCCCCCAUCCCCCGGGAGAAAUGGUACCGCUGCCGCUUCUGUGGCAAGCACUUUGCCCACUCCGGCGAGUUCACAUACCACCUCCGCAUCCACACAGGGGAGAAGCCAUAUCAGUGUAAGGUGUGCCUGAGGUUCUUCCGCGGCCGCUCAACCAUAAUCUGCCACCUCAAGACGCACGCCGGGGCGCUCAUGUAUCGCUGCACGGUCUGCGGCCUGUACUUCUCCACGCUGAAGCUGGUGUCCUCCCAUAUGGAGGUCCACAAAGACCACUUGCCUCCAGACUUCAACAUAGAGCAGACCUUCAUGUACAACGACCACUCCAAAGAACCUCUCCCUUCCCUGGAUACCUGAUGUUAAGCUCUGGUGUCAUUUUUGGGACCUGUUCCCCGAUUUUACAUCCAGUUUUUGCGGUCUGCCUCCCCUCCCCUCUACCUCUUUCUUACACUGUCUUAAUGGUGUGGACCAUAUCUCUAGACUUGUAGAAUGUAUUUCACCUGUUUUAUGUCCGUUUGAGAUGGAACAUGGACCAGACCAAUUUUGUAGCAUACUGUAGCUGGAAACGACAUCAUUGUUCUUGGACGUAGGGAAGCCACUAGGUGGCAGUGUUUAUCCAUUGUUGUCUAUGGAAGGAAGGACUUUACUAACUGGAAGUCCCAUGGGCUUCUCUUACUUUUCUGUCUAAUGUUUUUCUAUGCUUUUAGGUGUCUUAUUACUCGGUUUUACGAAAAAAAAAUGAUUCAGCCAUUUUUUUGUCUGUUACAUGUACGUCCAUUCAUAUAUGAUCAUUCAUAUGUGUCUUAGUAGAAAAAUAUUUGCCACAGGCACUUAGCGUAUUCCUGUUAACAUGGGUUUGGUGUACCUGGCCAGUUCAACCAGGCCUUACUGCAGGUGGUAGGCGACUAAAUUCAGCCACAAGUUUGUUUUUCUUGAAACAGAUGGUUCGGGGGCCAGAACGCAAUUGUAGUUUUAUUUUUAUAGUUGCACACAGCAAAUUGACCACAAUUCCAAAAGUGGAUUGUAUUUGCAAAUAAUUUCAGAACUUAAUUACGUUAAGACACAAUGACAAGAUGUCUCUUAUUAGUGAAAGGCUACG